AUGAAACAACUUAAAAGUUAAGCAAAAAAUGGUUAUUUCGACAAUUAAAAAUAAAAGUCUCAUUGCAGAUCUUAUACGUUAUAAUCUGAUUAGGAUUCAAUUUUAGAUAAGUUAAAUAUUUCAACUGUUAAAAUAUUAAAUGAUAUGUAGUAUGCAAAAUCAAAGUUUGUUGAGGUGGAAUCUGAUUUUUAAAUAAGGUAAAAAUCUUAUGAAAUAGAAAAACAAAAAAAAAUUUUGUAAAUGAAAGAAGAAUAAUUGAGGAUUGAAUAAAUGCAAAGUAAAGGCAAACCAAAAAUCAAUAAAACUCAACAAAUUUAGGAAAUGAUUAGCAAUUAUAUGGAAGCAUCAAAAAAUAGCAAAUUUGGAGAUUUAUUACUUAAUAAAGAAAAGAAUAUGCAAUAAGAAUUAACUUCUAACAUUCGAUAUGAAAAUUAGAGUAAUCAUGAAAACAAUGACCCUGAAAGAAUAGCUACAUAAACAUUGGAAAGCACCAAGAUGUACAAUGAGUAAAGUGUAACUAGAAGGUCCAAUUCUUACAUUCCUAUUCAUGAAAGAGUUAAAUAUAUUAUAUAAACAAAAAAUGACAAAAUUUAAGAAUAAAAAUAAUAAUAAUAAUAAGAAAUAGAAGAAUAUUAUUAAAGCCUAUCAUUUCAACCUUUAAGCACAAAAUCAUAAAACAUUAAAUUUACUCAAUAAGAUGCUGAAACCUUUGUUAGUAAUUAGCUGAAAUGGAAUCAAUAACGGGAUAAAUGGAUAUUUGAAUAAUAAUUGAAAAAGGAAAAUAACACACCCAAAUAUUCUUAUAGACCAACAAUAAGUCCUUGGCCAGUAAGAUAGUCAAGUGUACAAAGGAAACAUUCAAAAUCAAUUAAUUUAUCAUUCUUCUAGUCAACUGCACAUAAGACGGAAGCUUCUCCGAAGAAAAUUUAAAAGUCGUAAUUUGUUUUCUAGACCGACUUAAGGAUAGCAAAAAGAAGAGAAAAGGAAUAAAAGAAAUUUCAAAAGUGA